GCCUUCCCUCCGGCACUUCCCUAUCCGCCAGCCCCAGCAGCCCCAUGGUGGGGCCUGGCACUGGGGCAGUUGGUGACAGCCCCACAGCACCCAGCCCCUGCCAGCGUGGAGAGGUGGCAGAGAUAUUAAGGGGUGCUGAGAAAUCGUCCCUGCAAAUCCAGACCAUGGUGGCAGUGCCCUUCAGUGCCCAUCAGAGUGUGCUGGCAUCACCUUUUGGUGCCAGCAAGGAUCAGGAUCACACCAGCAUCACCCCUUGGUGCUGUCAGACAGGGUCCCUGUGGCCCCUGUGCAGGCCCACAGUUCCUUUGUCCCUGCUCCCCAUGGCACAGCACAGUCCUCCAGAAUGGCCCUGGGUGUGUCCCACAGCACCCAGGGUGGCAGAGACCUGAUGCUGCUCCUGGCCGGGUGCUGAGUGCUCCCCUUGGCAUGGGAAGGGGAUGCUCCUGCCAGGGGAUGCCACCCCCUCCUGCUGCCUCUCUGGUGUUGGCUCAGCCACUUGCACGUCAGCUCCAGCCAAGUACCUGGGGGUCCCCACAGAGCAAAGCCACACGCUGUCCCCACAUCCCGGUCCCACAGUCACCCCCAGUCCAACCAUUCCACAGCUCAGGGUUGUGGCAGAGCCAGGCUGAGCUGGGGGGGAGCAGGGUUUUCCCAGUCUUCAGGUUGUCCUCCUGCUCACCUGUUCCCACAGCCUCCACCCCGGUUCCUGUUGUUGGUGCCGCAGCCCUGGCAGUGCUGGGUGCCGUGGGAUGAGCAGUGGGAUGUGGGUGGGCAGUGGGAAAAAGGGUGCUGGGAGUGGAAGAUGGUUGGGCCAAGGGAAGCAAAAGGGGAAAAAGUGUGGGGUUAAGUGGACCUGAAGGCAGCACGGUGUGAGAGGGAGCAGAGCUUCUGCUGAACUGGGUGGCAAGGUCACAGCCAUCGUGCCAGCACUUGGGGCUAUAAAUAGGGACAAUUGGGAGUGAAACACAGACUCUCUCCUUUUUCGUUCCUGUGGGAGCACUGGGACUGUGGGAGGGUUUGUGAGGGCCUAGGAAAGCACUGCUGGGUGAUGGCUGUGCUGGCAACAGGGGGGCUCUACCCCCAGGGCUCGUGGAGGGCUCUGGGGACAGCUGUGUCCCCAGCUGCAUCCCACACCCUUCCUCUGUCCCCUUGCUGAGUCCACAGCAAGACUCAGACCCAAGACAAUGAGACCUGGGGCUGUUCAAGGUGGGGAUGCUGAGGCUCUCCCUGCCUGCUGCCUCUGCUCCCAUUCCUCCUUUCUGGCCGGGGAAGCACCCUGAUUGCUGCCCGUCACCCUUGGCAAAGCACAGGGAGAUAGAGCCAGCUGUGGCCUGACAUAACCACAGCACCCAGCAUCUUUCCUGCCCAGGAGCAUCCCUGCUCCAGGCUGAGCCAGUGGUGCAGGCAGGGACAGACAGGUGGCAUGGAACAAGGUUUGGUUUAGUGCCAGGAGCUGUGAAAACUUAGCACCACCACCACCCUGUUUCCGUCCACUCACAUGAUGCCGUGGAGCAGCUCUGACUUCCCCAUUCCGUGCCUGAACACACCAGGGAUUUCAGCCACUCUUCCUCAUGGCACAGGGCAUGGCCAGGGCUGUGCAGGGCCAGCACUGAGCCCCCACCCUGCCAAGCUGCUCUGCUGCCUGCAGUGAGCCCCACAGCAUCCCCAAAGUGUGGGAUGGGAUCCCAGGCAAAGCAGGGAGCUGGUAGAGCAUGUCCCAGUGCAUUUCCUCUUCUACUUUCCUUCUCACUUCCUUUUCUUACACUGCCUGCUGCCCUUCCCUUGCUUGCCACCUGCCCAGGGCUUUCCCAGCACUAAGAAGCCCCCAGAGCUGCUCGAAGCCGGGGGUUCUGUGCAGUAACACGGUGCCACUCCUCUCCCUCCCCACAGGCUCCAUCCAGGAGGCGGCAGGGACAUUAGCUGGGGGGUCUCACAGCUCACCCACGGGCUGGGAGGAGCUGAGAGCAGCAGAACAGCCCCUGAAGCACAACCCAGCCCCGUCCACCGUGUAUGAGGCUGAGACGCAGUACGCAGGACCCGCGUCCACAGAGUCACUCCUUCCGAUGUCCCGGCAUGAGACUUCUCCCACAACGGUGCAACCCGCCAGCAACCACCGCCCCAACGCCUGCUGCUUCUGCUGGUGCUGCUGCUGCAGCUGCUCAUGGAACGAGGACCGAGAGCGAGCAUGGAGGGCAUCCCGGGAGACCAAACUGGAGACCAUCCCAAACUGUGAAGCGUGUGCCAAACCCACGCCAGAGGAGGUGCAGGGCUGGGCACAGUCCUUUGACAAGCUGAUGAAGAGCCCGGCGGGGCGCAACGUCUUCCGGGAGUUUUUGCGGACUGAGUACAGCGAGGAGAACAUGCUCUUCUGGCUGGCAUGUGAGGAGCUCAAAACCGAGUGCAACAAGCACACCAUCGACGAGAAGGCCAGGAUGAUCUACGAGGAUUACAUCUCCAUCCUGUCUCCCAAGGAGGUGAGCCUGGACUCGCGGGUGCGGGAGGUCAUCAACCGGAAGAUGCAGGAGCCAUCCUCGCACACCUUCGACGACGCACAGCUCCAGAUCUACACGCUGAUGCACAGAGACUCCUAUCCCCGCUUCCUGAACUCUGCCAUUUACAAAUCGCUGCUCCAGACCGUCUCCCACUCCUCCUCGGAGUCCUAAGGGCACCCACUAGCCGUGGGGACACCAGUGGGGACAUGGUGGCCAGGGGUGGUUGGUGCCUGCUCCCCUCUGCCACCCUCCUUGCCAGACCUCACCAAGUUUUUAGCUUUUUACCUAUGAACUGUCACCCCGGUGUCUGGGCCACACUGCAGGACUGUCCCCAGGACACAGCCUGGGCCAGCUCAUACUACUGAUUCCCUGCCCCAUCCCCAGCGCUGGCCAGAGCGAGCUGGGGGAGCACGGGACAGCGCCCGGGGCCUGGCUCCCCCCACACCCUGUUUGGAACAGGUCACUUUAUCCCAUCUCCACCACACCUGGGGACAUGGCCCGUCCCCGUUUGCCACCCGAGACCCAGUUGGGGACUGGGUUGGGGGUUUUUUGAGGUGGGGGGGAGGUCGAUUGUUGUUGGUUUGGGUUUGUUUUUUUUUUUAUUAUUAUUUUAAAUGCUCUUUUGGUUGGCUUUUACUGAGGGACUUGAGGUGCGGGAGGGGGGUUGAUGAGCAUCUCUGUACAUAUAAAAACUUGUCAGGUUUACCUCGCUCCAGCUGUCUGAGGUGGCCCAAAGGGCAGGGGGGUGGUGCUAGAGCCUGUUUGUAUUCCCAAUGGACCCAGAGGGAGCAGAGCUCUGAGGUGCCAGCAGGGACCAUGAGGAUGUGCUUGGGUGUUGGGCAGGGGGUGUGUUACAGCUGCCUCCCCUGCCAGCCCCAUCAGCACUGCUACAGCCCCAGGACACCACACAGUCACCCCAAACCCAGAGCACCCUCCAUCCUUGGUUCAUGGACCUCAGAGAAGGGGGAAAACACCUGUGCAGGUGUUGUUUGCCCUCCUGGAGAACCCACAGGCACCAGGACACCUGCAUGAGAGCUCCCAGCUGGCCCAGACCUGCCCUGCCAGCCAGGAGAAGCCCGGGGGUCUGCGCUGGUCCCUCACUGAGCAGGGACCUGGGCUCCACACAGGAUGGGAAGUGGCACAGGGAGGAUACAGAAUUCCCAUGCUUUUGCACAGCAUAAGGAAUGAUUUACUGAAGGCUCAGUAUCCAGGAUUAAAACAUGUCUGUCCCUGCCCUUCACACUGAAACAAUGCCAACACAGGGGUUUUGCUGCCAGUCUUUGCUUUUCCUGAUCCACCGCAGCAGUUUCUUAUUUAUCCACCCCUUCCCCUCCUCUCUUCAGCCCUUCCAAAAGAAAAAAAGUGCUUUUUAUUGAACAUAUUUUUUUAAACAAACCAAUUCUUUCAGCUUUUUUUUGUUUGUUUUUGUUUCCUUCCUUCCUCAUGGCAUGACUGUGUGGAAAUUCAUGUCAGUAAAUUUAGUUUUCUUUGCCAAGCU